CUAUUGGGGCUGUUCACAGGGAGUUGGCCUGUUUCCAGGUAAUUUCUUCCCCGCACUAUUCCGUGGUUUUGGGGUAUCCCUGGCUCCAGAAGCACAAUCCGACCUUUAAUUGGUGAAUGGCCGAGAUCCUCUCGUGGUCUCCACAGUGUGGGGCCGGGUGCAUCCGUUGCCUUUUUGGGCUACAUCAUUUCCGCGGUGGGAUUUUCCAUGGACCCUCAGAAGGUUUCGGCGGUUCUGCAGUGGCCUCGUCCCAAUGGUCUUCGGCCCAUUCAGCGCUUUUUGGGUUUCGCCAACUAUUAUCGGAAGUUUAUCAGGAACUUCUCCACGCUGGCCAA